CCACAGACACAUAAAUCCAAGCAUUACAAAUAAUGGUAAAAACGCCCCACUGAACAAAAGUUUGAUGGGCAGCGAGCACUCGCUCUUCCGCGCUGUCCCGCCCCCAUGGGUAACCCCCAUUCUCUUCCUCGUCGCCCUCCUCACCCACCAAAUUUUCAUUCCUUGCGCCACCGUUCACGCCUCGUCGCGGCCCUUGCGACAUCCCACCCAACUUCAACCGAGAUACGUCAUCCCCAAAGAGGGGGGCAUCUCCUACCAAAAGAUUCCGUACUGGGAGGCCCUCUACUUUCUCAAGUAUGGCCUCAUCCCCCCGAAACAGAACCGCUUCAACCAAGCCGAUAUUGGACGGGUGCUCGACUUCAAUGAAAUCAUCAACCAAUCAAUCCACAAUCUGAGAACGACAAGUGACGAAGAUGCGCCGAGAUCCAUUGGUGACGGGCCCACCUACAUUUCCGACGAUGUGUGGAACCUCCUGGAGCGAAAGUUGAUAGGAAGUGGGCUGAUAUUUAAGGAUGGGAGGUGGCAAUACGACAGCAAUGUCAACAAGGAAGGAAAUCAUCACCAGAAGGGAGACGGUGACCCUUCCUACAGCGCUCUCCUGUCUCAACUUGGCCCCCUGGGGGACAACGCGUUCCAAGUUGUUGAUUUGGACCCGUCAAACCUGGAACCGCCACCACCACCAAUUGCGACCAGUACUGGUUAUGUCGUCCCACUUUCUCAUGGACUUGCCCGACCUAAUCUUCCUCUCCAGGUUAGAUUUGGGUUCAACCGGAAACCGAGGAAUGACCCAACACUACCGCAAUUAAACGCAACCUCGACUGAAGAAGUGUCUGACGAUGAUGAUGACGAAGGGAGUAGUAAAAAUACGGAGGACGGACAGAAUAACAAGGACAAAAGAGGAAACCCGUAUAGUCAUAAAAGUCCAAAUUACCUGCAGUUAAAAGAGGGAGGCAUUAAUCAAGGAGAUUAUGACGAGGACAGUUUUGAACCACCAGGAACUUUUGGCUACAUUUCCACCCACCAAGCUUCAAGAAAAGACCGGACCAAAGAACCUUUACACAUUCUGCGAAAAUUUUUGCUCGACCACGACCCAAAAUUUUUUGCGCCUGGUAUUGUCGCCAACGAGUCUGCUAAGCAUUCUUCAAAUGGUCACAACGACAACGCUUCCGGUUUCAGGAGCAAAGUUUUUCUCACAAAUCUCGUCUCGCGAUCUGGUCCUCCCGAUGACAGAGGGUCGCAAACUGGGACGGGGGGAGUUAGCAGGGGCGUAAAGAUUGACCAGACAAAGUUCCAAACGCAGGGCUGGUAAUUUACCCCCUAAAUUUCACUUUCUAUUCCACAGGCACUGUUUGCACAUAAUUAUGUAUAUCACCUUCGGCAAUAGAUGUUCUUAUAAUUCUUGAUGUUUGAUGUGAAGCAAUUAAAAGAGUU